GCUCCUUGUAAGGGCUGCAGGCUCCUGGAUCCUCACAGCUGCCCCCAGCCCCAGCAAUGGCUAAGAAGCUACUUGCCCUGGCCCUGCCAGCUGCCCUCUGCCUGGUGGGGGUAAUAGGGAUCCUGCUCCUGGCCCUGCCACCCACCAAAGACAUCAAAGGGACCCCAGACUUUAAGUACGGCAUCGUCCUGGACGCCGGGUCCUCGCACACCGCUCUCUUCGUAUACAAGUGGCCGGCGGACAAAGAAAACGAGACGGGAAUCGUAAGCCAGCACAGCAUGUGCGACGUGGAAGGCCCGGGAAUCUCGAGCUAUUAUCAGGACCCCCCCGAAGCCGGUAAGAGUCUGGAGCCCUGCCUGAAGCAAGCGGUGAAGGACGUCCCGGCCAGCAGGCACUCGAUGACCCCCGUCUACCUGGGGGCCACGGCCGGCAUGAGGCUGCUCAACUGGACCAAUCAGGCGGCUUCCGACAAAGUGCUGGAUGCGGUCAGCGCCACGCUGAAAUCCUACCCCUUCGACUUCCGAGGGGCCAAAAUCCUCUCCGGUCAGGACGAGGGGGUCUUCGGUUGGGUCACAGCCAACUACCUCAUGGAGAACUUUGUUAAGUAUAGCUGGAUCGGACAGUGGUUUCAGCCCCGGAGAGGGACGCUUGGCGCCAUGGACCUUGGAGGAGCCUCCACCCAGAUCACGUUUGAGACGAGCGACAAGAUUGAGAGUCCUGAGAAUGAGCGGAACCUCCGUCUUUAUGGCCAGUCGUAUCGAGUGUACACUCACAGCUUUCUGUGUUACGGACGGGACCAGGUGCUGAAGAGAACCCUUUCCAAAGUGCUGAAGUCGCAGGGCUACGCGUCAGACGUGCAGAACCCGUGUUGGCCGAAGAAUCACACCGCGUCGUUGACCUUUGGAGACGUCUACGAGUCGCCCUGCACGGCCGGCGAGAAGCCUCCAAACUACGACCCGGCGGCACCCAUUAAGAUGGCGGGCAGCGGCGAUGCCGGGGAGUGCACCAAGCAGGUGGAAAGUCUCUUCCAGUUCUCCUCCUGCAGCUUCAGCUCCUGCUCCUUCGACAACGUCUUCCAGCCGGACGUCUCGGGGAAAUUCAUCGCUUUUGCUGCCUUUUUUUACACGGUAGAUUUCAUGAAGACGGUAAUGAAGAUGCCGGUGGAUACCCUGGAAGAUCUCCAUCGUGCCACUGAUGCCAUCUGCUCGUCCACCUGGAAUGAUCUGACCAGCAAAGCGCCGCCCUCUCUCCAUAAACAUCUCAACGGAUACUGCGCCACGGCCAACUUUGUUUACUUGUUGACGAGUCGAGGAUACCGCUUCAACAACGAAACUUUCCCCGACAUCGUUUUCCAGAGGAAGGCUGGAGAUACGUCCAUCGGCUGGGCCUUGGGUUACAUGCUGAAUCUCACCAACAUGAUCCCAGCAGAGGAAGCCUCCGUCCUGAAGGCCACCAGCUUCAGUUCCUGGGGCGCCCUCAUCUUCCUCUUUGUUCUUAUCAUCCUUCUAGCCCUGAUCAUCUUCUUUAGCGCCUUAAGAUCCAACAAACAGCAGCAAACCAUUUGAUUCGCCGUUUUCCGAAGGACGGAAGAUUCCGGUGGCCGUCUGUCCAUCUGAAGAAGUCUUCUUGGAAUCCACUAAAAUUCUUCUGGACGUUAAACAACAUAAAAAAAAAAA